AUGGGAAAUUGCCAACAAUGCACUAAUUUUGCCUAAGAAAAUCAGACAGCAGAAAUUAAAACUAAAUUAACAAAAUCCAAACAUACAUUGAAUUUCGCAAAUAAAUUUACUCCCAGAAAUAUCGAGGGAGUAAUCAAAAUUCAAGCUGUCUUCAAAGGAUACAUGACUAGAAAGUACUAUUUUCAUGAAAAACUAUUUAUUAGACAACUAUCUCUCCUAUCGACAUAACAAAAACACAGUUCACCAAUUUUAAAUAGAGACAUUUUAGGAUUUGACACUUUCAGCAAUGCCAAUGAAACUCCAAAUUAACCGCAGUCUCUCAUCAUUAAGAAAAACAUGAUUAGAGAUAAACCACAAGAGGAAAUAGUGGACACAAAUAAACAAUCAGACCAAAUCAAUUAAUUAUGUUAAUCAAAUUGCAACAAAGACACUCCAGAUAAUCAAAGUCAGGUUUCAGAAUUCAGUCAUCCGUCUAGUUUAAAAAAACAAUUCUCCUUCGACAUGACUAGUCUCUGCUUUGUCCCAAAAAGCAAAAACGAUUAAAUUUUGAUCGUAUCCCAAACAUAGAUUAAACUACCAAUUAUACAAAUGAUAAAUGGAGCCUAUUAUGAGGGAUAAUGGUAGAAUGGGAAAGCACAUGGUUUUGGUAAAUACAUUAUGGUUGAUACCUCCUCUUAUGUUGGAGAGUGGGUCAAUAAUAAGGCCAACGGUUUUGGGACAUUUUAAUUGACAGAUGGGGAUUUUUUUAUGGGUCAUUGGAUCGAAAAUGUGGUUGAAGGCCAAGGUAAAUAUACCUUUGCUGAUGGCACUUUUUAUGAAGGAGAAUGGAAGAACGACUUACCAAAUGGAAUUGGAAUCCAAACCUAUUCCAAUGGCUGGAGAUAUUAAGGUAUCAAUGUUUUAUAUCUAAGGAAGGAAGUUUUCUAAAUGGAAUCAAGAAUGGGUAAGGACUCCUAAGUUUUCCAGAUGGUUCCAUCUAUGAAGGAUCUUUUGAGAGAGAUGUGCCUUCAGGAAUAGGCACUCUCAGAUUCCAGGAUGGCAGAAUCUACACAGGGGAUUGGAAGAACGGAGUCAAACAUGGAAAAGGAAUAUUCCAAUGGCCUGAUGGAUCCAAGUAUGAUGGCUACUACAUCAAUGAUGAAAGGGAAGGAUAUGGUAUUCUCUAUUGGCCGAAUGGUUAGAAAUAUCAGGGAUUGUGGAAGCAAGGAUUGUUCCAUGGUAAUGGGUAGGUGAUUAAACCGAAUGGAACUUCGAUUAGAGGAAAGUGGAUUAAAGGGAAAAGAAUAUAAUCUAAAUUAAACACUAAUGCAUCAGGAAAAACAAAAACAUCGUAAGUUGACUGA